AUGUCGGAGCAACACGUCUUGUCGGAGAAACACGUCCCUGAGGAGGUGCACGGCAUCUCUACCGCCACCGAGGACACUCCUCAUGUCAUUCAGGGCCACGGCGAGACCGCAAAAAUUGCCGGUGCAAAGACCAAGGCUGUGUACAAUGCCGAGCUCUUCGCAGCUAUUGAAGAGACCAACAUCCGCCGCUGGAGCAAGGAGUCGAUCCACCUCUACUUCUGUAUCUUCGUUGCAUUCCUCUGCGCAUGCGCCAACGGUUACGAUGGUUCUCUUAUGGGAUCUGUCCUGGCUAUGGACCAAUAUCAAAACGUGUUCCAUGUCGGUAUGACCGGUCAGAAGGUUUCGGUCGUCACCUCGCUUUACACAGUUGGUUCCAUUUGCGCGACUCCAGUCAGUGCCAUCCUCGCCGACAAACUUGGUCGCCGAAAGUGUAUGUUCACCGGAGGUUGGAUUAUCAUCAUCGGUUCCGUCAUCAUCGCCAGUGGAAGCACUCUGGCUCAGUUCGUCGUGGGACGUUUCAUUCUCGGUGUUGGUAUCCAGGUUAUGGUCGUGUCUGCGCCUGCCUAUGCCGUUGAAGUCUCUCCUCCUCACUGGCGUGGACGUGCUGUCGGCUUCUACAACUGCGGUUGGUUCGGUGGUAGUAUUCCCGCGGCCAUCAUCACCUACGGUACCAACUUCAUGGGCAAUAACUGGCAGUGGCGCAUUCCCUUUGUCUGCCAGUGCUUUGCCUGUAUCGUGGUCAUUGUGGCUGUCUGGUUCAUCCCCGAGUCGCCCCGUUGGCUGCUUGCUCAGGGCCGUGAUGAGGAGGCUCUUGCUUUCUUGGUCAAGUACCACGGAAACGGCGACCCCAACGCUCGUCUUGUGCGUCUGGAAAUCGAGGAGAUGAGGGAUGGUAUCCGCAUCGACGGUAUCGACAAGAGAUGGUGGGACUACCGACCAUUCCUGUUCACUCACAGUGGCCGCUGGCGUUUCUCUCAAGUUAUCAUGAUCUCUGUCUUCGGCCAGUGGUCUGGUAACGGUCUUGGUUACUUCAACUCGACCAUCUUUGAGAUCUUGGGUUACAAGUCUAGCUCCAUGCAGCUGCUUCUCAACAUUGUCAACUCGCUUGUCUCUGCUGUCGGUGCCGGUAUCGCUGUCAUGUUGACCGAUAAGAUGCCCCGUCGUCCUGUCUUGAUCUUCGGCACUCUGGCUUGCGCAAUCACCAUGGCAGUCAACGCCGGCAUCUCGAUUCCCAUCGCCCAGACUGGCACUAUCAGCCCCGACAAGGGUCGGGCCGCCCUGGCUUUCUACUACCUCUUUAACGUGGUCUUCUCCUUCACCUACACUCCCUUGCAGGGUGUCGUUCCCGCCGAAGCCCUGGAGACUACCACUCGUGCCAAGGGUCUCGCCCUGUCCGGUUUCAUGGUCAGCUGCAUCAGUUUCAUCUCUCAAUUUGCCUCUCCCAUCGGUCUCGGCAACAUUUCCACCAACUACUUCUGGAUCUUUGUCGGCUGGGACCUUUUGGAGGUCGUCUUCUGGUACUUCUUCUGUGUCGAGUCUCAGGGCCGAACUCUCGAGGAGCUUGAAUGGGUCUACCAGCAGCCCAACCCUGUCAAGGCUUCUCUCCAGGUGGACAAGAUCGUUGUUCAGGAGGAUGGUACCGUUACCGAGAAGAUUGACCACGAAGCUUAG